AAAUCACAUGGACUCUUUUUUCAAUUUAAUAGUUUUUCUUUUUGAUGGAAGAUGAAACAAUUAUAUUCUUGAGUAGGAGGCACGACGAAUGAGUGAGUGAGUGAGGGCGAGUUGAAUUAAGCAGUAUUCCCAAAUCUUAAACACUAAAACCCUUUAUCUCCCACCCUCUGCCCCUAAAUCAUCACCAACCCACAAAACCCUAGCGUCUUCCUUCAAUGUCCCCCUCCAAUAUCUCCAUUCUUCGAUAAUCUAUCGUUUUUCACUAUUUCAUUCCUUUAUAUUUUCUGUAAAAAUUUUAAGGGCGUUAUUUGGUUUUGGAGAUGGAUAUAGAGCAAAAGCAAGCGGAGCUUAUCGAUCACUUCGUUAACCAAGCAUCGACUCUCAAGGGCUCAGCCCUUGGGUCCCUGGUAGCCGAGGCCACGUCUCACCCUUCGCUUUUUGCAUUUUCUGAGAUUCUUGCUGUUCCAACUCUUAUUGAGCUUGAAGGGACUGAAAAUUCUGUUCAUCUGGAUGUGCUUCGCUUGUUUGCACAUGGUACAUGGACUGAUUUAAAGAGAAAUGCUGAGCGUCUUCCACAACUGUCUCCUGAGCAAACCUUAAAGUUAAAGCAACUUACUGUACUUACUCUGGCUGAGACGAACAAGGUACUCCCUUAUGACCAACUAAUGCAGGAGCUAGAUGUUACAAACGUACGCGAACUCGAGGACUUCCUCAUUAAUGAGUGCAUGUAUGCGGGCAUAGUUAGAGGAAAGCUGGAUCAGCUGCGAAGAUGCUUUGAGGUUCAAUUUGCUGCAGGGAGAGAUCUGAGACCUGGACAGCUUGGGACUAUGAUUCAAACACUAUCAAGCUGGUUGGCUACAUCAGACAACCUACUUGUGUCAAUCCAAGACAAGAUAAAGUGGGCUGAUACUGUCAAUGACUUGGACAAGAAACAUAAAAAGGAUGUUGAAGAUAGGGUGGAAGAAGUGAAGAAGUCCCUUUCCCUCAAGGCCGACAUUGAGUUCCGAGGGCAUGAGGAGGUCUUCUCUGAACCUGGUGGAGUGAUGGACUAUGAGGAAGACCGUAGCCGACCAAAGAGGAGACGACAUCCAAUAUCUUGAAAAUAUGGAUGAGUGGUGCGACUUUGGAUGGGUUUCCGGGCAACUGCCUUGAUUUUUGCCUGUGGCAUUCCCUAGUCCUACAACCGUGGAUCACUGAACUUGAAGAAAAUAGUCUCUGGUACUAAACCUGUCGUUGAUGCUUCAGGCUCUUUCUUUGGUAAAAUUUUUAGCGUGUUUUGUAGCCAUUGUUUUUCCAAUUGAGUUGUCAGGAGGAAAACUAGAUUUGUUGGUGCGGCUAACAUUUUGUGAACUUAUUAUUACUGAAAAACUUGUACUUGCAUUGUGCUUUUUGAUGUUUCAAUUAAAUUAGUUCAUACAAGAGAUUAUUUCUUCUUA